AUGAACGAAAGCCAGAAUCCGAGGAAGCGGAAGGUGCUAUGUUUGGAAGACAAGGCCGCUAUCAUCGCUGCGGUUUCUAGAGGUGAGAAAAAGAAGGACGUUGCUUUGCGUUUCGGGAUCGCGCAGAGUUCACUGUCCACGAUUUUGAAAGAAAAGGAGAAGAUCAUGUCAAGUGUGGAGCGUGGUUCGAGCUCGCAACGGAAGAAAGUGAAGAGACCAUCCUACGAAGAAAUAGAGAAGGCCGCCUUCGCCUGGUUCUUGGACGUAAGGGCUAGGAACGUCCCAGUGAGUGGCGCCAUGCUUAUCCAGAAAGCCAAAGAUUUUGGGUGCAUGUUAGGGUGCGACGAUUUCAAGGCCAGUAACGGAUGGCUCCAGAACUUCAAGGCCAGACACCAAAUUGUUGGCAAAGUCACCAGCGGAGAGUCUGCGUCUGCAGAUGUGGCCAGCGCUGCAUCUUGGAAUGAGGAGUGCCUUCCCCACGUGCUAAGCAGUUUUGAUCCUGCCGACAUUUAUAACGCCGAUGAGAGUGGACUCUUUUUCCAAAUGUUACCGAAGAGGACGCUUGCUCUGAAGGGUGAAGCUUGUCAUGGAGGGAAGCAGAGCAAACUAAGAAUUACUGUUCUCAUGUGCACAAAUAUGGAUGGAAGUGACAAGCGUGCGCCACUUGUGAUAGGCUACAGCAAGAAGCCUCGCAGCUUUAGCAACGCUAAACGUCUCCCAGUUGAGUAUGUCUCCAAUAAGAAAGCAUGGAUGACACGAGACAUCUUCGCGCGGUGGCUACGGGACUUCGACGAGGACAUGCGGCGCAGGCAGAGGAAAAUUUGCCUGUUCUUGGACAACUGCACGGCUCAUCACGUUGAAGACCUUGUUCUGAGUAACAUAAAACUGCAGUACUUUCCGGCAAACUGCACCUCGGUCAUCCAGCCACUUGACCAAGGCGUAAUCAACAGCGUAAAGUGUGCGUACCGCAAUCGCGUUUUGUCCAAAAUGCUGUUGGAUAUCAGGUUGAACAGGAAUACGAAAGUGGACGUGUACCAAGCUGUUGAAAUGCUAGCUGCCUCGUGGGUAGCUACAAGCGCCAGCAUAAUCAGAAACUGCUUUCGAAAAGCAGGCUUCGUUCUCGACCAUGCAUUGGCAUCCCUUGACGACAGCCAGAACGCUGAAAGCAUUUCACCGGAACUUGUUCCAACGUGGCAGUCCCUAAGUGAAUUUUCCGACGUUGUCCCGGACGGGACGACGCUGGAUGACUACGUGAACAGUGAUGCCAGUGUCGUAGCCACGGAAGAGCUGGACGACGCGGAAAUCGUGCGUUCUGUUAGAGAUGGCGGCGGCAGUGACAUGGAGGACGGUGACGAAGCGCAACAAGAUGAAAUGUGCGAUGUUCCAUCGGGCACACAAGUGUUGGACGCCAUUGAUGUUUUGCGGCGCUACGCACUGGCGCAGCAGAAUAUAGAGCGGGCUGUGGAGGCCAUUUGGUCUUAUGAGCGGGUAGUGAUACCAGCUAUGCAACAGCAGUACCAGACGAAGAUGAGAUUAUUUUACGAAAUAAAAUUUUCAAAGUGA